AGAGGAAGGACAGGCAGUAGCCAAACAUAACUUCUGAAACAUUUUCUGCAUAACGAUAAGGUUCAAAGGGCGCACACGUUUUCACGGUGUCUGAAUAAAUGGUAGAAGACAUCAGUAUGAGGCGUGGCUAUCCUUCCAUUGAACCAGCGCGGCUAUAAUAUGUAUAAUAAAGAGGGGUAACUAUCAAAAUGUAAACGACGAGACGAAGCCCAUUGUUCAGCGCACACCUCAACAUGGCGGCAGGGUGUCGCUGCUGAGCCAUUUUCUCCCGAACCCACUGCUGCGCCAUGUUCCGCCUGUACCCCCCACGGCCACUGUGGGUCGCUGUUGCACCAUUUCCGAAGCGCUGCCGGCACCCGCCCGCGCCCGGACCUUUACAACCAUAGACGCAGUAAUAGACGUAAACGUAUAACCCACAUUAAGACGCCACGGCUGCACACUAACGUGAAAGUACAUGGAGCUGUGCUCGUCGCCACGUCGGGCGCCCGCACAGGAGAGCGGAGCACUAUUAUGUGAAACUGCGGGCGUGUGAAGGUGUUUUGCUGGGCCUUUUUCGGCACCUUUUGCGCUCGUGCGAUGGAGGAGGACGCCGACGCGCAGCCACGCGCCGGGCUUCACGUGGAAGCUGGUGGUGAAAGUCGCUCGGCAGCUCUGUGACGCCCAGGGACCCGGAAGAGAGCGCGGGGGGUGAUGCGAACGGGAGAUCCGCACCGCGCCUCAUUCAUUAAUUUAUUAUUUCCUUGAAGAAGACGAGGAGGAGGAAGAAACGACGUGGUAUGCGACGAUGUCGGCUUCUGCGCUAUUUAUUCUGGACGUGAAGGGCAAGGUACUCAUAUGCAGGAACUACAUGGGAAAUACUGACAUGGGUGAAAUUGACCACUUCAUGCCCAUUUUGAACAAGAGGGAGGAAGAGGCAGCUGUCUCCCCCUUGGUCACCCAUGGAACGUCACAUUUUCUGUGGAUCAAGCACAGCAACCUCUACCUGGUGGCCAUGACCAAGAAGAAUGCCAAUGCUGCCCUUGUGUAUGCUUUUCUCUACAAAAUAGUGGAGGUGUUCAAAGAGUACUUCAAGGAGCUGGAGGAGGAGAGCAUUCGGGACAAUUUUGUGACCGUGUAUGAACUGAUGGACGAAGUUAUGGACUUCGGCUUCCCGCAGACCACAGAUAGCAAGAUCCUUCAGGAAUACAUCACGCAGAAAGGGCACAAGCUUGAGGUUGGUGCUCCCCGGCCGCCGGCCACAGUUACCAAUGCUGUUUCCUGGAGGUCUGAGGGUAUCAAGUACAGGAAGAAUGAAGUCUUCAUGGAUGUCAUUGAGUCAGUGAACCUGCUGGUGAGUGCCAGUGGCAAUGUCCUGCGCAGUGAGAUCGUGGGCAGCAUCAAGCUCAAGGUGGUCCUCUCUGGGAUGCCGGAGCUGAGACUGGGACUCAAUGACAAAGUGCUUUUCGAGAUCACAGGCAGGGAAAAGAGCAAGGCGGUGGAGUUAGAAGACGUGAAAUUUCACCAGUGUGUGCGCCUGUCUCGCUUCGAGAAUGACCGCACCAUCUCCUUCAUACCCCCCGAUGGGGAGUGUGAACUCAUGUCUUAUCGUCUGAACACAACGGUGAAGCCCCUCAUUUGGAUCGAGUCUGUGAUAGAGAAGUACUCCCACAGUCGAGUAGAAAUUAAGGUCAAGGCCCGGAGCCAGUUCAAAAACAGGUCCACUGCUAACAACGUGUCCAUCAUGGUGCCGGUGCCCAGCGAUGCUGACUCUCCGAAAUUCAAGACCACCAUGGGCAGCGCUAAGUGGGUUCCAGAGAAGAAUGCAGUUCAGUGGAACAUCAAGUCCUUCCCAGGGGGGAAGGAAUACAUGCUGAGGGCUCACUUCGGGCUCCCCAGUGUGGAAGCAGAUGAAACAGAGGGCAAGCCUCCCAUCACUGUCAACUUUGAGAUCCCCUACUUCACUGUGUCAGGGAUCCAGGUCCGCUACCUGAAGAUCAUCGAGAAAAGCGGCUACCAAGCAUUGCCUUGGGUGCGAUACAUCACACAGAGUGGAGAUUAUCAACUACGGACAAGUUAAGUGCAAAGGUCCAAGACAGAUGAGUCUGUGCACUGCCACAUUGCUGUCUUCACAUGGAGAAGAGGAGAGGGCAAGGACUACAAACAAUUAUCACUACACAUGCCUGUGGGACUCUGAUACCCUUGUCACAAUAUCUGGCUUACGGCAUUUUUUUUUUUUUUAUAUAAACAGCUAUAAAGAACUUUGUCUUUCAGUAUACAUCUGUCAUGUAGUGUUUUCUCAUUUGAGACGUAAACAUCUUUUUCAUGGGCCAGUCAAACGGCAAAGCUCAAGUUUGGAUAAGAGAGACAAGAUGCAAUCUUAAGAAACUGCUGUUUCACUGCAGGUCAAACACUGAAAGCCUUAGCCUGUGCUGUACUGAUACAACUUGGAUAUUUGUACUGGGUGUGUCAGCUGAUCUCCAAAGCCAUUACUUCAGGACCUUUCCCCGUAACCUCAUAAAUUCCCUAUUACGGAAUCUGUUAACGGCACAAGAGUUUGACAAAUGUAAAUAUCUUUUUGCUAUGACUUCAGUUUUCACUGGGAAUUAUAACUAGUGAUUUCAAGAAAAGGUUAUAUAUUAAUCCCACAUAAGGAAUAUGAUGCAAACGGUAGCUAGUUCCUGAAAAACACUGUAUGG